AGAAGCAAUAACAGGAAGGAAAGAUGAUUGAGCAUACUAUUGCAUUGGUGCUGCUAAAGCUUGCUGAUCUCUUAGCCGAAGAAGCGAUGUUCUUAUACGGAGUACGUGAUCAAUUCGAGUGGAUCGAACGAGAAUUACGACGAAUGAAAUGUUUUAUCAAGGAUGCUGAUGAUAAGAGGAGGAAAGGAGACGAAAGAGUGAAGAAUUGGGUGAGGGAUGUUAGAGAUCUUGCUUUUGAAGCUGAAGACAUCAUUGACAUCCAUAUGAUCAAGAUUGAGAGACGUCGUCGGAGGAAAGGUUUCAUGGGUAAGUUCAUUAGGUACACUCAUAUCCUCAGUGAAUUGGUUGCUUGUCAUAUGAUUAGUUUGGAUAUUAAUCGAAUGAAGAUAAAGGUCCAAGAAAUCUUAGACAGUCGAACUACUUACGGCAUUGCUAAUAUAGAUGAAAAUGAUGGAGAAGUAAUUAGUUCUAUGGAUGAUUUGCAAGCGCGAAGACGGUUAUCUCCUAAUCUUGAUGAUGACUCUAUUGUUGUUGGUUUUGAGCUUGAUAAGAAAGUGAUCAUGGAACAUUUACUUAACUCCAAGAUCAAGCGUCGAUGUGUGAUUUCUAUUGUUGGAAUGGGUGGUCUCGGCAAAACAACUCUAGCGAAAAAGAUAUACAAUAGCAUCAACAUUAAAAGACAAUUCGAGGUUUGUUGUUGGGUAUCUGUGUCUCAAGAUUAUAAAGUGAAAGAACUUCUGAAGACGAUCAUGAAGAAAGUCAUGGGCAUUGCAAGAGAUGAAAUGGAAAGGAUAGAAGACGACGACUUGAAAGAAAAGUUAUACAAGUUCUUGAAGGAAAGGAGAUACUUUAUAGUCAUGGAUGAUAUAUGGAGAACAGAAAUGUGGGUACAGAUCAAAGCAGCUUUUCCAGAUGUGAUGAAUGGAAGCAGAGUGCUGUUCACUACCCGCAUAUUAGAAGUCGCAAGAUCUGCCGAUCCUUCGAUCCCUCCAUAUGAGCUACCAUUCCUAAGCAAUGCAGAAAGUUGGGAGCUAUUUCUUAAGAAAAUCUUUCCAACAACUGAAGAUGCUGAGUUAACUUGUCCAAAAGAACUCGAGGCACUAAGCUGGAAUCUUGCAAUAAGAUGUCGUGGUGUGCCGCUUGCUCUUGUCGUGCUCGGAGGCCUUCUUUCGAAGAAGGAAAAGACAUUUGCUGUGUGGAUGGAAGUGGCUAAGAGCAUGGACUGGGAAUCAAAUGAAGAUGGCAAGCAAUUCUUGCAAAUAUUGGCUUUGAGUUACAAUGAUUUGCCACACCAUUUCUUGAAGUCAUGCUUUCUGUAUAUAGGAUCUUUCCCAGAGGAUUCAGAAAUUCAAGCAUCAAAAUUGAUCAGGUUAUGGAUUGCCGAAGGGUUCAUACCGCAGAGAGAGAAGCAGAGCAUGGAAGACACGGCAAAAGACUACUUGGAUGAAUUGGUGCAGCGAUGUAUGAUUCAAGUUGCUUGUAGAAGAUCAGAUGGGAGCAUUAAGAAGCUUCGCAUUCACGACCUUCUGCGAGACAUGUGCAUAUCAGAAGCUAAAGAGGAUUGUUUUCUUGGUAUUCAGAGCAGCAGUCAUAAUGCCAAUCUUUCCACUUCGCGUCGUCUAGCUCUCCACAACAUCAGUGUUGAUCUUCAGCAUCUCAAGCGCACUUCACCAAACUUGCGCACUUUAGUGGGAUUCAAUCUGAGAAGCAGCCAUGAGAUUAACAAAUCCAUUCACAGGAUCAAGUUACUACGAGUUCUUGAUUUAGAAGGUGCCCGCAAUCUUGAGAGGCUACCGAAGGAAAUCACAAGCAUGAUCCACUUGAAAUACUUGGGAUUACGACGAACUAAACUGAAAGAAUUGCCAUCAACCAUAGGAGACCUCAGCAAUUUGCAAACUCUUGAUACAAGUCAUACUCAACCAAUACCAGUACCAGAUGCAUUUUGGAAGAUUCAGACAUUGAGGCAUGUAUUUGUAGUUGGAGGGUGUCCACACACAAUUGGCAACUUAAAGAAUUUGCAAACAUUGAAAGUUCUCGGUUCCGGACAAUGGAUAGAGAAGGACUUGGAAGAGUUAACGAAUCUCCGGCAUUUACACAUAUCAAACCUUCUUGAUUCUCAUGGCAAGCCAUUGUGCGAUUCACUUGAUAAACUAGAACACCUUGUAUCAUUAAAAGUGACGACGAGCUCACAAUCAAUCCCGGGAAAUAUCAUCACAGCCUUAUCAAACCAUUACCAGUUGCAUAAACUAGGCUUGAAUGGGAGGUUAUCAGAUGAGCAGCAUUUCCAUAGCAUUCAAGAAUUUCCUACAAAACUUACAAAGAUAACGUUACGAAGCUCACAAUUGCGACAAGAUCCUAUGAAAGUACUAGAAACACUUCCAAAUUUACAGAUACUUAAACUGGAAAGUGGUGCAUACAUGGGAGAGGUGAUGAUUUCAUCAAUGGAUGGGUUUGUUCAACUGCAACAUUUGAUACUUAGUGGCUUGAAGAAUUUAGCAAAUUGGAUCAUACAAAGCGGAGCAAUGCCCGGACUUACACGUCUGCACAUUGCCGACUGUGAGAAGCUGGAGAUGAUUCCAGAGGGACUGCAGCAACUGACAAAACUUAAGGAGUUGGAAUUGUGGGAUAUGCCGAGGAAAUUCCGAGACAGGGUUCAAGAGGAUGAUGGAGAUGAUUGGUGCAAGAUCCAGCAUGUGCCUUCCAUUACUUUCUAUCCGAAGGUGGUUUUAAUGAAUUAAACAUCUCCAAUGAAAGGAGGAGGACUAGAUUUGAUUCUUGAUUUCCCUACAAGGCUAGCACUGGGCCACAGCUCUGAAUGAUGAUCAUGUAUCUUUGCUUUAUCUAUACUCUACAUUCAUGUUUCAAGGGACCAGGAUUUUGCAACAAAAUGAACAAUUAUCUUUAUGUAAUCUUUGCUUCCAUUAGAAUGACAUGUCAAUAUUAAGGAAUUCUCAUGUAGUUCAACAAAGGCUUAUGUGCACUAUUGGUGUAUGUUGCAUUUUGGUCCUUAGUCUAGAAGAGGACAUUGCUUCUGUAGUAUGCAUGUAAAUUCAUUUUAGUCUAUAUCUCUUG